AUGGAAAGUUUUAGUAUGUCUGAAGUUGAGUAUCCUGGAGAGCUGGGCAGCAGCCCAAGGGCACUGAUGCCUGAGACAAAAACUAAAGGAGAUACCAGGACUGAAGGCAACUUUCUUGGUUCAGAAUCUGAUGAAGAUUCUGUACGGACUUCCUCAAGUCAAAGAUCACAUGAUUUAAAAUUUCCAGCCAACAUUGAGAAAGAAAGAGAUUCAAAAAAGAGCUUAGCAACUUUAAAAAGUGAGGAUUUAGGGAAAUCUUCACGAUCUAAAACAGAGAGAGAUGAUAAAUAUUUUAGCUACUCAAAACUUGAAAGAGAUGCUCGUUAUAUAUCUUCUCGCUGUAGAUCAGAGAGAGAGCGAAGGCGGAGCAGGUCUCGUUCUAGAUAUGACAGAGGUUCUAGAACUAGUUCAUCCUAUUCUCGGUCAGAACGAUCCUAUUAUUAUGACUCUGAUCGUCGCUACCAUAGGAGUUCCCCUUAUCGAGAGAGGGCACGCUAUUCUCGGCCAUAUACAGAUAAC